AUGUCUGUUGAUCUUGAAUACUGCUUCAAGCUGUUGCUCAAGCGCAUUCGAAUCGCCGUGGUCGACUUGGCCUUUCCAUCAAUUACGUUGUCGAACGGUACCCUCGGUAUCAGACCCAGGGUGGUUUUCGCCAAUGACAAGAGCAAGGUCUUGGUUUCUGGAGGGAACUAUAAGCAGUUCACGAUUCGAGUGUUCAAUGAGCAAGCGGAGUUGCUGAUGUGA